GAUGUUUCAUUUUAACAAUUAAUAAAAGAAUGAAUGCUGUGAUAGACUUUUAAUUUAUUGUCAAAUUAUUAAUUUAUCUAAUUUUUGUGGUUAACAUUUAAAUUGGAUGUCCAAGAAUGUUAGAAAACAAGAAUGUUAGAAGACACAAGCAGAAUGUCAUAAACAGAUCUAAUAAGAGCUAUUACAUAAAUAAAGGAAGCGAGUGGGCGGCAACAGUAUCCAUGGUGAUUAGUUACUGAGACUCAAGUUUAUCUUUCAAAAAGUUCAAGACAGUCAUUACAGUUUGUAAAUAAACAAUGAUGAAAAUUAGCAGAACAUACCAACACUAAACAGCUGACAUGAAGGUCUGUAAAAUUUACGUCUUUUUUCUCUUUCUGUUGCUGAACAAAACCCAGGAGGAUGAUACAGGUAAGAAAAACAGACAGUAGGGACAUUUACGCCUACAUCCAAUAACAGAGAAAAAUCCAAAAUAACUUUCUCAGAUUUUAAGUUAUGGAGUUAAGACAUCAUUCAGUGUAGAUUAUUUAGGUUUGUAUGACAAUUUUACAGGCUAUAGACAAAUCAGUAAAACAUAAGCUUCAUUACAUUAACCUUAUUUGCAAAUAUUUACACUCUCCUAUGUCAGUUAAGUAAACAAUGCAAUUCAUAGUCUUGUUUCUUGCUGCUUUCUGUGCAUGCUACUGCCAUUUCUCCUUACUCUUGGGCUUACAGUAACAGAGGACAUCGGAGUUUAUCAGCUGGAACGCUUAGUGGAGCUGCUGACCUCCAAAGAGUGUGAGGACCUCCUGAUUGCCCUGUCUCGCCCAGAAGAGGACAUUUUUCAGCACAUUGACCAUCUGUCUCCAGAAAAUAAUCAGCUGGAUCUCAAACUUCGAGCCAAGAGAGACACCUCUGCUGCGUCCACAGAAGAUGAAAAGGGUCAAUGCAGAACAGCUCUGACAGAUUGGAUGCUAGAGUUUGGUGAGAAGACAUACUACGACAAGCUCUCUCGCGCUUUGCAGCACGUUGGCAGAACAGACAUCGCCUUGGAAGUGGGGAAGAACAUCAACCAGGAUAAAGCCUUAAGCUUGAAGCGCUACGUUGAGGACUACGAGAAACAUGCCAAAUCCCUAAACAGCCGCUUCACGAAUGCAGAUGCAAAUCAGGAGCAGCGGGCUCAUCAAAGAUUCAGAAAAAUAAAGAUUGGGGAUCUGACGUGGCGUGACCUGGAUCUGAUCGUGAGACGAGCUCCUGUACCUCCGUAUCCCAGGGGGCCUCUGGAUGUAGUUCUUCCCAUUUUUUAUGGCCUCCUGCUGAGCUCAGUUUCAUGUGCAGUUGUACUCCUCAUCGUUAUGCUCGUCUGCCAAAGGUCAAGUUGAUUUUAGGAUGAAAUCAGGAUUUCAGAAGCAGAAAUGUUUGUCUGUGUGAAGAGAAUGAGAACAAUGUAGCAUUGCA